AGCCUUCUAUUUUUAAUUUCUUAAAAAAAUCAGCCUUUUAUUUUUAACUCUCCAUCUUACCCUUAAGAUCCUGACACGUCAUCCCACAUCCCACAUCAAGCGCCCAUAUUAUUGGAAAAAAAAAAUACAAAAAUUAGCAGAAAAUGUUUAACUUUAAGUUAAAAUAUCACUGAGCUUUCUUUUCUCUUUGGCGGCCACAACCCAACUCUUUAUAUGACAUUUAUUGUAGCGCGCUUUUUGUAAAACCCUAAUUUUGCUUCGUCUUUGAUUCAUCACACUGUACACAAUAAUUUUAUUAAGAUUUUUGAACUUACGGAGAAGCUGUAGGUAUAACAAUGGAGGUUAUAGCAGUAGGGCAAAAACAGAAUAAUAAACAACAGGAGCUUAAUUUAGCAUCCAUUUCUGAGCUCUCUACUGGCUCUACUAUAGCUCCGGUUAUCUGUAGAUUCGCCGUCAAUAAUAACGGAGCAUUGGAGGUUCAGUUUUUUAAAGAGUCUGAUUCUAAUUCUGCUUCUGUUGAUUCUGUUAAUGUCGAUCUCAGUGUUGCUCAGUUGUUCAAGCUAGGACCUCAGCUAUCAAUUUGUGUCUCUGAAGGUCUAAGCUCUGAAACUAAUAAAGAGACAUAUUCAAGAGCUAUCACUCUCCAAUUUAGAAAUGAGGAGGAGAACACGACCUUCCAUUGUGCAUUUGACCAAUGGAAGAAGGAAGUCAUUGUUCAAGAAAAUAACUUUUCAAAUGGAGCAGUCAUAUCUUCAAAAAGCAAGUUUGAUACUAAAAUUGAGGCAUCAUCGGCUAAAAUGUAUUUCCAUUAUUAUGGACAACUUCUGCAUCAGCAAAACAUGCUACAAGAUUAUGUGAGGACAGGAACCUAUUAUGCUGCAAUCAUUGAGAAUCGCUCAGAUUUUUUUGGUCGUGUUGUUGUUGAUGUUGGUGCUGGUAGUGGUAUUUUGUCGUUAUUUGCUGCUCAGGCUGGUGCAAAGCAUGUUUACGCUGUGGAAGCAUCUGAAAUGGCAGAAUAUGCCCGUAAACUAAUUGCAGGGAACCCAUCACUGGGAGAAAGAAUUACGAUAAUAAAGGGCAAAGUCGAGGAAAUCGAAUUGCCAGAGAAAGCAGAUAUUUUGAUCUCUGAACCAAUGGGCACCUUGUUAAUCAAUGAAAGAAUGCUCGAGUCCUAUGUAAUUGCAAGAGACAGGUUUCUUGUCCCAAAUGGAAAAAUGUUCCCUACAGUUGGAAGAAUACAUAUGGCGCCUUUUAGCGAUGAAUAUUUGUUUAUUGAAAUUGCAAAUAAGUCCCUCUUCUGGCAGCAGCAAAACUAUUAUGGAGUUAAUCUAUCACCUCUACAUGGAUCUGCAUUCCAGGGAUACUUUUCUCAGCCUGUCGUGGAUGCUUUUGAUCCAAGAUUAUUGGUUGCUCCUUCAAUGUCUCAUGUGCUAGAUUUUACUGAAAUAAAGGAAGAGGAGUUGUAUGAAAUUGAUAUUCCAUUAAAAUUCACAGCUUCUGUUGGUACCAGAGUGCAUGGGUUGGCUUGUUGGUUUGAUGUGUUGUUCGAUGGAAGUUCUGUACAACGGUGGCUUUCAACUGCCCCUGGUUCUCCCACAACACAUUGGUACCAAAUAAGAUGUGUGCUCUCUCAGCCAAUCUAUGUCAUGGCAGGACAAGAGAUUACUGGUCGCCUUCAUAUGGUUGCCCACAAUGCUCAGAGUUACACUAUUUAUUUGACAUUGUCAGCUAAAAUGUGGGGCCCUGGUGCUGAACAAGGAGGAAUACUUCAGACAUCAUCAUGCAAAUUCGAUUUAAAAGAACCGUAUUAUAGAAUGUCUCAACCGCAAGCCUAUCCAAUGACACAAGAUCAGCAACCGCACCAACUGAUAAAUGCACAGGAUAUACAGAUUCAAUCGGAUGAUUUCGAGGAACCGCCGGAGUUGAUACAGCCACCACUUCAAAGUUUGGAUGCUCAGCUCCAAUGAGUAUGUGAGAAUUCUUAACAUGAAACAUGUUUGGAAUACCAACUUUGCUGCUCAACAGCAAGUUGUCAACAUUCUUAACUUAAUUCUACUGUGCAUGGGUUUAUUACUUUAAUCCCUUGUAAAUUAGAUUAAUUAAAUAUUGAUUCAACAUGCUUUUGUUUCAUUAGUUGCCUAGUUGAUACUCA